AUGGAUUCAACAAAGAGCACUGAUGAAGCAGCAGUCAACAUUGCAGCGUCCAAAUCUGCUAAAGGAAAGGCUCCUACAACUAACAAUGUUAUCACAAAGGCAACUCCAAACCCACAUGGAGGGACAAAAAGAGGCGUUGCCAUCUUUGACUUUGUUCUUAGAAUUUGCGCGCUUGUGGCUGCUCUAGCUGCCACAAUCACGAUGGGGACUACCGAUCAAACUCUUCCUUUCUUCACGCAGUUCUUUCAGUUCCAAGCAAGCUACGACGACCUUCCAACUUUCACGUUCUUUGUAGUUGCAAAUGCUAUUGCCAGUGGAUACCUUGUUCUUUCAUUGCCUUUCUCCAUUGUUUGCAUAGUUCGUCCACACGCAGCAGGAGCAAGACUUCUACUACUCAUCUUUGACACCGUGUUGGUGGCUUUUACGACAGCUGCAGCAGCAUCUUCAGCUGCCAUUGUAUACUUAGCUCAUAAUGGGAAUUCCAACACCAAUUGGUUUGCAAUUUGCCAACAAUAUGGUGACUUUUGCCAGCAGGUUAGCGGUGCAGUGGUGGCUUCUUUCAUUGCAUCAGUCAUUUUUAUAUUCCUCGUUCUGCUUUCUGCUGUAGCUCUUCGUAGGCACUGA